AGUAAAGGUUUCGCGAUUCGCAGAUUGCAUCAAAUGUUUAUGCAAACUGUCACUACCAUGUUUCUACUGGUAGCUUACGUUUCAGCUCUCGAUGUGUCGGAUAUUCCUCCUCAAUAUCGAGCACUUCUUCCCAGUGACCUGAAGAACUUUCUGGAAAACCUUUCUCCUGAAGAACAAGCUGCACUAAUUAACUCAUUUAAAGAAAGCAAUUUACCUAUUGAAGAGCGUUUGUUUGUUGCCGCCAUCAAAAAGGAAUCUCCCAGACUGGGCGAAAUGAUCGAGAAUGUGCUGGUUAACUGGAGAUCAAGGAUAGCGGCUCUUCAACCUGAGGCCCAAGAAUUUGCAAAUUUGAUUUGGGACAACGGUGUUAAGAUGGUAACUCAAGUAGUUGCUGGCAGCAAGCCCAGUAAUGCUCAACUACAAAUGGUUCUUUCCUCGAUACUCAGCAGAUACAAUAGUCUCUCUUCCUUUGCCAAAGCAGACUUUCAACAUCAGUUUCCUAUCCUCAGCAGUGCCCUAACAGGUCUAACACUCCUUCCAACCUUCAAUCCAAAUCCAAACUUGAGGAGUUUCCCAAUCCCUACUGGAUUCUUAGGAUUGAUUAGACCACGCCGAUCGCAGCUGGAAGCAUCGACCUUGUGACACAAAG